GCUGCUGUGCCAAGGGGCCCUCUGGCUGGCCGGCGGGGAUCGGCUCGGGCCCGGCCAUGUCCGAUUACCGGAUCUCGGUGGAGGAGCUGAACGACCUUCUGGCUAAUGGGAGCGGCUGCUACAGCCUCCCUAGCGCGCACAGCAACGAGGUGGUGCCUCGCAUCCACGUGGGGAACGCGUUCAUAGCAAAGAACAUUAUGAGGCUGCAGCGUCUGGGGAUAACCCAUGUUCUGAACGCAGCAGAGGGGAAGUCAUUCAUGCAUGUGAACACUAAUGCAGAGUUCUAUGAAGGCACAGGCAUCAGAUACCAUGGCAUUAAAGCUAACGAUACACAAGAAUUUAACCUCAGUCGCUAUUUUGAGGAGGCAGCUGAUUUUAUUGAGAAAGCACUUUCCCAGAAGGAUGGACAAGUGUUUGUGCAUUGCCGAGAGGGCUACAGCCGUUCUCCCACACUGGUCAUCGCCUACCUCAUGCUUCGCCAGAAUAUGGAUGUCAAGUCUGCAUUGAGCACUGUCCGGCAGAAGCGAGAGAUUGGCCCCAAUGAUGGCUUUCUAAGGCAGCUUUGUCAGCUCAAUGAGCAAUUAGUGAAGGAGGGCAAACUGAAACCCUAGAACAGAGCACCACAGUAUUUUUUUAAGUUUCUCAAACCAUCAGAGGACAGCUUAGGUUCUUUAGAUUCCCAAACCCCAACCACCAAGCUAAGUCACAUAAUGCAAGGGAGACAGAAUUCCUGCUCUUGUCUAGGGAAAGUAUCUUUCUUGAACUCUGGGUCUGUCUUUCAAGAUGGCACAAAAUUGUGUCGCUGUUUGGAGCUGUUGCAAUAAAGACAUGUUUUUAGAGGGGUAACUCCAGUGAUAACAGCUCUCUUCACGUGUAUUUCAGAGCCCCCUGCAGACCCUGUAGCAUAUGUGGUUUGCAUUGACAUUGAGUGUGAUUCAUUUAAGCCUUGUCUUGUAUCCCAACAGAGCACCAUUUUCUGAGAGCCCCAGCACAUCUCUUCACUCACUCUUAACUGAAGUACUGUAUUUUCUAAAGCUUCUUUUUCAUGCACACAGGUGCCUAAAGUUUGAGUGUAGGAGCUUCAAGGAAUGGAGAAGCGUAUGUACAAAUGCACAGAUGCACUCGCUCGUAAAAUGAAGUGUAUGCCAUGUUGUGUUUAGUGUGGAUUUAUGCAAUACACAGUGUGAGGUAGUAAAGCCAUUCAGAACCCAAUGUUGAUGCACACUGUAUUUCCAAGCAUAUUUGUACCUCUUGCUGUUGUGAUUGACAUGAAAUAGUCUGAUAUUAAAUGCUCUUUUAUUUUUGUUUUGAAGUCAUACUAGAAAAAGAGUGGAGCAAAUAGUGAGGAAAAAUCUUGAGCAAGGAAGAAAUGUCUGUAUUUAGGAGUGCUUGUACUGGAUGUAUGAUAAAGUCCUAAGUAUCAGAAUAUAAUGGCUCCUGAGGCUUGUAUUGAAUUACAUUGUCUCUCUCCCUUCUUUACUAUCACUGUUUAUUAACCUAAAAUGGAAUGAGCACAUAUGCAGAUUACUUCCAGUAGGGCAGCACAGGUGUGCUUACAAAGCAGUUUGCAGAAGUACACUCCUGACUUCUUGGAUUGCCUGCAUGGUAUCAUUAAAUAGAAAUGAGCACUGUUACCUACCACAUGGAAUGGGAAACAUUUCCUUUCUAUUAAAAUAAAUGAUGUCUUUAUUCUGUUUGACA